AUGCCGCUAGGAGAUUCCAUUACAGAUAUAGUAUGCUGGCGUGCGUAUCUAUGGGAUCGAUUACAAAAUACAGGAUAUGCCAACGUCGACUUUGUUGGCUCGGUUAGAGGAGAAAGACCAGGAGGCUGCGAUGUGCCAGGAUACGAUAAAGACAACGAAGGCCAUUCUGGGCUACUAGCUGUCCAUACUGUUGCCUUGAACUUGCUACCGACGUGGCUAAGACAAAAUCCUCCAGAUAUUGUCACUAUGCAUCUAGGAUCUAACGACAUCGGUCAUGGCUACAAGAUCGAGCAAAUUCUGCACGCAUUCUCGAAACUGGUCGGUCAGAUGAGAGACGCAAAUCCCAGAAUGAAAAUAAUAGUCGCUCAGAUUCUGCCUCUCUACGCGAUUGGCUUUGAGGCCAAGGUGCUUGAACUAAACUCGCGAAUCCCGCUGUGGGCAAAGUCUAUGAGCACGUCCGAAUCGCCCAUCAUAGUCGUGGAUCAGCACAGCGGCUUUGGACUUGCAGACUUCCGUGAUGGUGUGCAUCCUAACGAUGCUGGAGAUAAAAAGAUGGCUGAGAAUUGGUAUCCGGCCUUGGUCGCAGCCGUUCAUGCUGUCCAGACCGGACGAGAACGUGGUGGAUUGCAGGAGCAGCUUGGUCAUGAACGUCAAUUACUUUAUGAGGAAAGCAAGAGACGAAAGGGGGCUUGA